UAUGGCUGCCUCCGCCUCACGGAGUACAGGGGUACAGCCGUACCUCAACAACAUCUGUACCGGCACCAACCGCCAAAAAGACAGCGAGGGGCCGGCUUUGCAGCUCCAGGAAAUGAUAAAACCAUCCAUAAUGGAGCUAACCAAAGAGGUGCGGACAAAUAUCCUCUGCACCGUAGAAGGAUGUGGCAAGAUUCUCCCGAAUACUCCAGCUCUAAACAUGCAUCUUGUCAAGUCACACAGAGUCAAGGAUGGCCUUGUCAACCCAACAGUGAGGAAGAAUAUGAAGGGCUCAAAGAAGCUUUACUGCUGUCCAGUAGAAGGCUGCCCAAGAGGACCAAACAGACCUUUCUCCCAGUUUUCUUUGGUGAAACAGCACUUCAUGAAGAUGCAUGCUGAGAAGAAGCACAAGUGUGUUAAAUGUAACAACAGUUACAGCACAGAAUGGGACCUAAGGAGGCACACUGAGGAUUGUGGGAAGACCUUUCAUUGCACGUGUGGCUGCCCCUAUGCCAGCAGAGCUGCACUGCUGUCCCACAUCUACAGGACGGGUCAUGAGGUCCCCACAGAGCACAGAUAUCCACCUGUCAAAAAAAGAAAGAUGGAGGGAUCGCUCAGUGGUGUGGCAAGAGUCCAAACUAAUGAGCAGGUGUACCAGGUAGUGAAUGUGGAAAAAGAGCUUUCUGAAGUGUUAACCUCACCUGAUGGGGCCUGUCACUCUGAGUCAGGAAGCCAAAAUUCCAGCUCCACAAAAAACAUCCAAAAGCUCCUACUGCCAAAGCCAAAGAUUGCCUUGGUCAAUGUUCCUGUGAUGCAGUUUACCCACGUGCCAGUGCUUCUCUCCUCAGCAGACAGCAGUACAGUGAGGUCAGUCGUCCUCACUGUGGACAAUCAAGGCUCUGUAAUGAGUGCUGUUCACCUUGUGCCCCAGUCAGCGGGAGCCGUGAUACCAACACUGGAUACUAAGACUCUGUGUGCCAGGGACACCAUGACUGCUUCCAGGUUGGGCCUGGAUCUUGUUAGUGUCGGAGUGCAGGUGAAUUUGGAAAGUGUAAUCUGUGGUGGCAACAAUCUGGCAAGUGACACAGGAGACAGGAGUAAGAGCAUCUCGACAGACAUUCAGACAGAUAUAACCUAUCUGUCAAAAGGCCCUCAGUCACUUACACUGUGCUCUCCCUCCGAGUCUUCGGUUUCAUCCUGCUCUCAAACAGACAUUAGUGUUAGUGCUCAGGUCCUGCUGCCAGUCAGCGUGGAGACCCAGACUUUCCCAUCGCAGUCUAAAAUAACUUCCUCCAUCAGUGCGCAGACAGAUCCUUUUAGUCAGACGUACUUCUCCUCCUACAAUAUCACCAGGGAAACGCAGACAAACGCCAGUCUGAGUAUAGACCAAGCAGAGAUGACUCGAAGCAUAAUGUGCGCUGACCUUUUCAGUCAAAAUUCACUGAGCGUUUCGUCUAAAACAGCCAUGAGAGGCCAACGGUUCCAAACCAAUUCUAUGGAGGACCCUCUGAGCAGAAGUGACUCUUGUCCCUAUGACCAUAAGUCUGUCGGGGUGAUAGAGUUCAGUGCCCAGGCUGAUAUACUCCAGCAGAACCCUGUGGCAGACAACCAGACCCAAACGAUGUCACUGUUCAGCGACUUUGAGAACAUCCUAUCAGAGAGCAUGGAUUCUAACUCUCUGGACAACCACAGCACACUGUCAGAUGCCACUGCCAGCUGCGAUACAGAACUGACAUCUGUCCAAGAACAAACAACAGGGAUCGACUUUGACUUUGAAGAGUUCUUAAACACCGUGCACAUUCAGACCCAGACGGAGGAGAGUGAACUCCGCACUCUGAGCUCUGAAACACACUUGGAGUCACUCGACAUCGAAACGCAGACCGACUUCUUGUUCUUCAAUGAUCCCUUGCCCAGCGAUGGCAACCCCAAGGCCCACUCAAAUGAUCUUGGGCUGGAGAUGUAUGACACCCAGACGCAGACCGAUCACAACUUCCUCCUGGACAGGAGUGGUCACAUACCCCUGGGGAGCUUCCUCAAGCAGUCAAGCUUCUCUUUGAGCACAGAGGCCUCAGACAUGGAGACGCAGACAGACGUGCAGCCAAUCCGUAAGCUCAGUGCUAGCAGUGGCCAGGUCAAGCUCAGCAGCGCCCAAACGCAAACAGUGACCAGUUAUUUCCAAAGUCUGGGCAACCUCUUCUUGACCAGCAAUGAGACCCAGACGGCAAUGGACGAUUUUCUUAACGCUGACCUUGCCUGGAACAUGGAGUCCCACCUGAGCUCGGUGGAAACCCAGACGUGCGAGGAGCUCUUCUCUCUCUUUCAGCACUCAGAGAGGCCCAGCAGCUGAGCUUGAGCAGGGUGAGCGACUGCAGGGAGUCACCUCUGUCAUCUUGCAGGUAACAUUUCAACUGUUUUUGCAGAGGAUACAUCUACAGCACUUU